AUGUCUUCCACAUUAACGCCCGACCUGCCUGAGAAGACCCCCGAUGAAUCUUCAAAGCUGAAGACAUUUCUGUCCAUCCUUCGGAAAUUCGUCGGCGUGAGCGAUAUUGCAUCCGUGAGAUUUUCGCUACCUGCACAGCUUCUGGAGCCAACUCCUAACCUGGACCGGAGACCUUCCAUCGGUACAUCAGAAGAACCAUUGGGACGGAUGCUGGAGGUUUUGCGAUUCUGGUUUACCAAAGACCUGAAAUACAUUAAAGGUAAACCCUGCAAACCGUAUAAUUCGACCCUUGGAGAAUUUUUUAGGUGUAGCUGGGAAGUAGAUUCCACCCUUCCCGAAUUGCCUUUGGCGUCCAAAGAAGGGCCAGUAAAUGGUACUUCAAUUGCGAAAGGUGUCAAUGGGAAACCGGCCAGGGUGUGCUUCUUGACCGAACAAACAUCUCACCAUCCACCAGUGUCCGCAUUCUACAUUGAUUGUCCAGACACGGGAGUAUCUGCUCGUGGAUUCGAUCAGAUCAGUGCCAAAUUUACCGGGACAAGCAUUCGUGUUGCCCCUGGUCAGCAUAAUCUCGGAAUCUUCAUCAACAUUAGCAAGAGGGACGACGAAGAAUAUCAGUUGACGCAUCCCGCUGCUCAUCUCGGUGGCCUGUUGAGGGGAGCUUUGUCAAUAAGUGUGGCUGACACAUGUUACAUUGUCUGCCCAAAAACAAGGAUUAAGGUUAUUUUGCAGUACUUAGAGGAUGGCUGGAUCAGCCGAGCUCAGAAUAAGGUUGAGGGAGUCAUUUUCCAGUACGAUCCAGAAAAGGAUACCAUUACCAGGAUAAAAGACGUCCAAGAAGGUGACAUCCUUGCCAAAAUAUCAGGAUCGUGGCACGGCGAAAUGUACUACACUCUAGCAGGAACGAGUGAGCCUCGCCUUCUGAUUGACAUCGGGCCUCUUUUUCCUGUCGCGAAGACUUUGCCGCCGGUGGAUACUCAGCUUUCCAACGAAUCUCGAAAGUUCUGGUCAGGUGUGACCGAGGCAAUAUUGGACAAGAGAUAUAGCCAAGCCACCAAGCUGAAAAUGGAAAUCGAGGACCGACAACGGCAGAAGGCUGCGGAACGUCAAGAAAAGAACGAGGAGUGGAAGCCGCGCUUCUUCACCGGGUCCGUCACACCUUUGGGCAAACCGGCCUUGAGCGAGGAAGGCGUGAAGGCCCUCGAGGGUAUUCGAACUCAACAGUACCAUCUAGAUGAAAGCGAGAUCAAAGGCGCCUAGUCCGGAUUUUCAUUGGAGUAUAUUACUAAGUCCCUCAUAUGGGCCCGAUCUUUGUGCACUAUGAGGAGUGCCAUGAUGAUCGGUGUGGUUUUGACUUCCACCGCUUACAUUCUCACCUUCUUUGGCAUUGCCUUUUCUCGGGACCGUACGCAGCAGGCUCAUGCUGUAUCUAUAUGUUGCCUAAAGCCAUUCCUAAUAUCUUAGAUUUCGAGCUAUUGUCACAAGUGGCAGGUCCUCUUC